UAUAAGACCAGCAAGCAUUCAAAGUGUGCACAAGCUCACUUCCCUAAGUUCUCACUCUCAGCUAGCUUGAACUUCACUUGUGUGAGAGAAGAAAACAAGAUAUGGAAACUAGGAUCUCUCCGGCGAAUCCACUACCCGCGGGAAAGUUAGUCACGGAGAUCGCGCUCUUACUUCAGCAGGCAAUAGUCGGCUACAGAUUCCAUCCAACUGAGGAGGAGCUACUCAAUUACUUGAAGUGGAAAGUAACCGGAUGCAGAGAAACUCUCUGUAUUAUUCCGACACUAGAAAACAUUUACGAGAUUAAUCCAUGGGAUUUACCAGCCAAGUUCAUCGAGAGAUCGAUCAUUCGAUCCAGAGAUCAAGAAUGGUGGUUCAUAUGUCCACAGAUGCAGAACCAACGAAUUAGCAGGAAAACACCAUGUGGUUCUUCUUGGAAGAUUACCGGUAAACAUAAAGAUAUUAAGGCUAAAAAUGACGACAAAAAGAUCGGUUCCAAGAUAACAUUAGUUUUCCUUGAUGGCCGGAAUUUCAAGGGCACUAGAUCCACCUGGGUUAUGCAUGAGUUUCAUCCACAUCCUGAUGAUACGAGUUUCGUUCUUUAUUGCCUAAAGAUGAAGCAAGAUGAGAAGGCAGAUAACCAAGAACCGUCUAUCCAGGUAAUGAGGAACCAACCAAACCACGCAGCUAUGUCCACGAAUGGAGAUUUUUCAUCAACUCCUCAGUUUCAGUGUCCCAAAGUUUCUUUUAGCGAGCGAAAUGAGGUUAUUGGCGAGUUAUCUAAUAAAGUUUACAGCAAGAGUGAUGGAUCAUAUCAGAAUGGAACAAAAUCCCUAGCCCUGAUACAGGAAGACAAUCACCACUCCUCACCAAAUCAGGAGCAUCUCAUGUGGAGUAAAAAUUCCUCUGGUACAGAAAAUUCAUCAGGAAGGGGGCUUGCUGUAUCUGACCCUACUAAUGAUGAGUUAAAUUUCCCACAUCCUUUUCUUGAUGUUGAUGUAUGCAGUGCAAUUGAAGCUGAAAAAGAAAAAAUAGAUCAGAUAAUUCCUACUGCUGGUUAUGUGCCGUCUGAUGAACAAGCAGAUAAGAGCCUUGAAAGCAUGGAUUGCGAUAACCCAGGACAACUUCCUUUUGCAGAGCAUCAUGUCCAAGAAAUGCAGAACCAACCGAAUGACCUAAUCAUGAACGGGAGUUCCUCUAGUACAGAAAUAUCUUCCGGAAGUUGCAGUACUGUUUCUGACGAAUGGAAUUGGAUUGAGCGCUUGAUGUCCCCUGUUGAUCAUGAUUCGUUUCCUAACAGCGACGUUUAUAAUUUUAAGGAUCCGAUUAGUGAAACUGAAGCAGGCAGAGGAGUAAUUCAGUAUGGCCAACUUGGAGAAACUAGCUGGGACAAUCUUUGGGCUAAUAAGAACCGGCGGCCGGUCUGUGACAUUCUCGAGGGAGCUGUUCCGUUAGAGGAAGAGGAAGGAUUUGUCGAACAGAAACUCAACUAUCCUCAGAACACCGAAAAGAUCAUAACAGAGUGCACAUCUUCCGUUGGAGCACCAGCAAAAGCAAAGGCUGCAAAGUUCAAGGAGAAGGAAACUACCAUGAUUCAGCCACAGAAGAAGAAAGACGAUGUGAAGAUGGAAUCAGACAACAUAUCCCGUUGGGAGACCUGGAAUGAUUCGCUUUCACUGACGAGAUCGACUGCAUCAACCAGCUGUUGCUGCCGAAAUAAAUCCACCAUUGAUCCAAGAGUUCUCCUUGCCAAAUUAAUUACAGUUGUUCUGGUGGCAUACUUGAUUGUUCACGGAAUAUGCAGAAUAUCUGAUGGAAUCAACCAGACGAUACAACACAACGUAAUUUACCGGAGAUUUUAGCAAAUGUCAGAGAUGGCACGAGAUCACUUCAUUUGCUCAAUGUGUCCCCCGUUAGUUCCCUAUGUCGCAUCAAUAAAUGUCUAAGGUUAUCUUCAUCGUGUGCAAAUGAAGUGGAUAUAUGUUGUGCAAA